AUGGGGAGUGGUGUUCUGCAUAAUUUAUCACAGUCCUGUUAUGCAGCGAUUACAAAGAUUCCAAAAUAUUUCUCCUCAUUUGACAGUAUUAUGGCUGAACGUGAUUUUUACAUUCAAUCGUUUGGGUAUGGCCAAUAUAAUGAGCUCAUUACUGAUAGUGCAUUUCAACACAAAAUGUUAAAGUGUUUGAAAGUAUCGGGCGAGAAGGAAUACUCUAAAUCGGAGUAUCCACUCAGCUAUUGCUACGGUUACGAUUCAAACGAUAAAGUGGCCGAAAAAACUGUAUUCACGAUAUGUAUUCCGACAGUUUGUGAACACCGAGACAAUAUUUUGGUGAGUUUAUUUCAAUUAUUUUUACUAAAUUCUUACAAAAAUAAUAUUCGAUCAAAAUCGCCGUCAAACCGAAGUGAUCCGAUUGAAAUCGACGAAUCAUUAUGCAUUGGAUCGAGACACGUUAAAGAGUGGUACCAAAAGGCGGUGCCUCUCGUAUCGUUUCUGAUUAUUUUAUCGCUAAUUUUCAUCGUUACAUUGGCAACAGUUUGCGAUUACCAGCGGUGCAACGGCUCUACUGCGCAAUCCGUUCUAAUGGAAAUAUUUUUGUCGUUUUCGUUGAAGAGAACUCUGCCGAAAUUAUUCAGAAUGCCAAAGGCUGAUAACAAUAAGAAGAGUAAUAACAAUUCGAUGAUAACUUGUAUGUUUGGGAUACGUUUUUUGACGAUUGUUUGGAUUGUUAUUGGGCAUUCCUUUGCGUGGAUUGAGUGCUAUUUUUUACAGCAGUUACCUGAUGAAAAUUGCACGUGUGCAAAUAAAACAUUUCAGCCGUAUCUCGCAAAUCCACACGAGUAUCGCGAAGCAAUCGCGAAAAGUUUUCUGAAUCAAUGGAUUUCGAAUUUUUUGUUAACUGUCGAUACAUUUUUGGUGUUGGGUGGAACUGUGAACGCGUAUGCGUUUUUCAGAAAGAUCAAUUCGUCAGGAGAAGACGCUCGACCAACACUGUUUUCGUGUGGUUAUUGGCUGAGAUUUUAUCGUCAUCGUGUGAUAAGACUAUGGCCUGCGUACCUGUACACGUUGUUGGGCGUUAUGUUUAUGACAAAUCUGCAUUUCCAUGGAAUGUGGCCACCGUUGGAUCCGUACGUUCAGUGUGCUGGGCAGUGGUGGCAGAAUUUGCUGUUCGUGAGCAGCUUCUUCGAGAACAGCUGCAUGGGAUGGACGUGGUAUAUUAGUACUGAGUUUAUGUUCUAUUUGGUGUCACCGAUAUUUUUGCUGGCAUUUCUGCGAUCCGCGAGAUGCGGUUUUUCCGUCUCGCUGUCGGCAAUAGCUCUGUCGAGUGUGCUAAGAGCCUGCGCAAUGUGGGCGUAUAAUUUACCACCGACGCAACUGGGAUGGAACCGUCCGCCGAUCUUCAACAGAAAUUUUAUGGAGCAUUUCACUGAGAUGUACAUUAAACCGCAAUAUCGAAUUGGCCCCUACAUAAUCGGUCUUACGUUGGGGUAUGGUUUGGCGAAUAAAGAUAAGUUCGGACUUGAUUGCAUCGACAGAAAAUAUUUGAUCGUCUUAUGGACAAGUUCGAUCUGUUGUGGCGUCGCGUCCGUUUUUGGACUCUACCCGAUACUACAGGAUUGGUUAUGGCCUGGAUAUUAUCUGCUCUACGGAGCAGUUCAUCGAUGUGCAUACGCCGUAUCGGUGGCGUGGAUUUUGUUCGCAUGUCAUUGUGGUUAUGCGAAAUGGGUUAACACAUUUCUGAGUUUCCGCGUCUUUAUACCACUUUCGAAUUUGAGUUAUUCAGUCUAUUUGAGUCACAUGCCAGUGAUAUUUGCGACGUAUCUGCAAUUGAAGUUUCCACACGAAUACAGAGGUGUUGUUUCGAUGCUGAUUCCGCAAUGUUUUGUGCGUCUGUUGAUGGCUUAUGUGCUCGGACUGCAGUGUGCAUUGUUGUCCGAGAUGCCAGCCAUCAAUAUUGAGAAAAUUUUAUUGUUGACGAGGAGAAAUAGCGACGACAAGAAUGAGAACGCUGGCGGUGAUAAGAAGGGUGAGAAUGAUACAGAUCAGUUGAACUUAUCAACCCUGAAACCACUGAAUCAUAAUCAUAACGACAGUUGA